CAAGAACGCUGUACUCUGGUUACAGAAUAAAUAGAUAAGGUUAAAUGGACGAAAGAAGAAAUCAAUUAGAUGGCUAUUAAAGAAACUGUAGUUGCGCGUCUGUCAAUUGCGGUUUCUUCUUUGAAGGAUUUGGAUGUUAUAGUUUUGUUAUCAGACAAAAUGUGGACCACGGAAAACAUGAGAAAAAAGAUCGUUGAAUUUGCAAUGUUCUGAAAACCAUAAGUGGAAUAUUUGCAUAACGCCUGCUGUUUGAAUAGGAAGUGACACGUUCUGAAACCAAGCGGAUACAAUAGCUCGCUGCUCAUUGUGGGCCGUAUAAAGACGUUCUAGUUCUAGUUCAGUACUUCACAAUUUUGAGAAACUAUCCAUCGACUAGUCGGAUUAAUUUUUAUACGUGUGCUCAUUUAGUGUUACAUUGAGGUGACUGUUUGUGAACAAGUUCUGAAGGGAUAAUUGUGGAUUUUUCAGAUUUUUUUAUUACAUAUUAUGUUAUAUAUUUAAACGUCUUAAAUACUUGUAAAAGGUAAUUUAACCAUAACACAAAUUAUACUAACGACACAAUAGUGGUCGGUGCAACAGCAACGUAUUUUUGCUAUUUAAAAAGAAACAACAGCACUGGAAUUAUGAAAGAAAUCUGUUUGAGGGAGCAAAUAACACCUGACGUAGUGGAAGAAAGACGUAUUUGCUCUAACGGCAUGGCGUCGGAUGACGUCUACACUGACAAUAUCGAGCUGUCAAACGCUUGUAGGCAGUUCUACCAAUCGAGAAAACAGGCGGCAGAAAACGUAAAGCAGCAGCUGGCGUCAUCAAGACGUCAACGUCACAUGACAUCAGGGAACAGAAUCGACGUCGCAAUGGAUAAACUGCGAACCGAAAUGGUUUCCCUGAUGGAUCUCGACCUGUCGUUGAUGAAACAGCUGCUCACUCUGAACGAGACUGUGGAGGAACUAAAAUGGCAGAGGAAAUUCAUCAACAACCAAUCAUCGUCGCCAUCCAGCUCAUGUGACCUUACCGUGCCAUACGAUUGGUUGCUGUCCGAUCACGAUCUCCAGAACCCUACACCGGACCUUUCACGGAAAUUACCGACGGGGUUGACCGAAUCAGAAACGAGUGCUCCGUGUAGUUCGAGUCCGAACGACCCCGUCAGGCUGGCGACACAAUUCCACCAACUGUCAAUCAGCGAAGAGUGUGUGUUCAGGCCAGAUCCAAAAGUUGGUACCACGUAUCAUGAAGGGGACUCAUUUGAUUCAGGAAUUCACGAGCAUACGCUAUUAGCGGAUUGAUUUGCUUGACUACAUAGACUAAUUAAUUUCAUGAAUCAUGCGUUUCCGUGAGCGGGUUAACAAGUAUUAUUGUCAUCCUCGUGUUUUGUUGACAUUUGUGAAACAAUAUAAUACAAGUAUAGGCGUGUAUACAUUUGACUCAUGCAUUACACUUUUUGGUUUGAAAAAUCAUAAUAACUCGUUGAAUGUUCAUAGACGAUUUUUUUGACAUUGUUGUAACUUUCCCAAUACACGAUUAAAUGGUCAUGUGAAACAACUUUUUAAUUUCACGUUUUUAUAAUAUAUUAGAAAAGCACAGAAACACACAUUCUUAUGCUAUUUUAACCAACUUUGAACAAACAGCAUUGUUGGACGAAAGCAAGUUAGCUGAAGAUAAGGAGUAGUCACAUAUGAUGUUUUUAAAAUAAUAUAAAAGGAAUAAAUGAAUAGGACUUUUUAAUGAAUAAGUAUUGCUUAAUAUGAAUAUAUAUAUAUGAGCCAUGAUCUAGAAAACCCAGGCUUAAUUCAUGGGCGUAAAGAUUCGCCCCAGUCUGUCCUUAGUCCGCACAGGCAAAGCAAGUGGGCACUUUCCUCCUUGACUGGAUUUUUUGUUAAGAGGAGAUUUUAAUUUAAUGAUUGAUUCCACAAAAGAAGAAAGUGUCGCCUAUCAUUAGCCUUUGCAGACAGCACAGGCUAAUCUGGGUGGACACUUUACGCGCAUGCAUUAAGCCCUAUUUUCGCAGAGUCAGGAUAAUAUCACAUAGCACCGUCAUUUUGCACCAAAGAUACCAUAAUAGAUUGUAGUUCUUUUGCUCGUUUGUCACCACGCAAAAAGGAACACGUACAAUUAAGUGAAACAACCGAAAUAAAGUUGCACUUAACCGACACCUUAUAAGGAAUCGAUAAAUAUUCAGAUACAUCACUCUGUACAAGGAACAUAAUUAUGUGCUUUAACACGGAUAUACGUUUUGUUAAGUUUUAAUAUACGGAGACCGAUGAGUAUAUAGCAAUUACAACCACAGUAUUCUGUUAAUUAUACAAUAGGUUUUUAAUUUAUCAUUUUAAUUUUUGCGAUUCAUCAUCUAUUUCCGUGAUUCAAGUUUAAAACUUAUAAAGGCUUAUAAUUAUGAUUAAUUAAUAAUUAAUUUACCUGAUUAAAUCACCGAUUCAGGAGGCACGCACGUGUGGGUUUAACACGAAACACCUUCAGCCACGAAUUGUGGGCCGAGUCCUCAUUUUACAAAAUGUUUUUUUUUGUUAGUACGAAACCAAGAUUAACUGGUUGAUUAACCAUACGCCUUUGUUUGUUGAAUGAUCUUUAUUCGAGCCUCGCUCUGACAAAACCGGGCAUAUGCAUGUGAGUAACGUGGCGUCCCAGAUAAGCCUGUGCAGACCGCAGGGGCUUAUCAGGAACGACACUUUCUCCAUAAACUGGAUGUCGAAGAGAAGAUACUAUCUGUAAACGAAAUAUACAAUGAACGCGGAAACAGUUGUCCCUGAAUAACCUGUGCGGGCUACACAGGCCAAUAAUGGCCGACACUUUACGCACGUGCAUUCAGCCCGAUUUUUCCACAACGAGGCACAUUUGUUAGUGUAGCGAGAAUUGUAACCUCAUUAUUAUUAUGUAUACAUAUAACAAUAUAGACGUGCAAUUAUUUAUAUGUACCGGUAUUAUAAGUAUUAUUCAAUGUGUUCUUUGCAUUAUUAGUAUGUGAUCGAUGAUACUAGUAUUCCAAUUCUUAUAUGUCAGUCGCCUCAGGAUUUUUACUGAUUUUGGAACGCGGCCUGUUUAGGCGUGGUCUUACUCACAUACCAUCGUUUCAGAACUCGAUAUCGAGUUUUUGAAAAUGAUACAUUCAAAUAACAAAUGUGUAAGUUAUGAUUUUCGAAGCACAAUUUGUUAGGAGAUAAAUAUUUGAAGAAAGGAACAUUGUUAGCAUUUGGUAAAGGGCAAGAGGGGGGGGGGGGUGUCUAGAAAAAGCAAAUGUUUGAAAGGGAAACAUUCAUUUGUGUUGUGUGUUCAUUUGUGUUAUGUGUUUGGAAAUGCAUUUAUUCCAAUGCCUCUAAAGAUAAGGUUUAAAGUUAACGAAUUGUCGCCAUUUACCUUAUUAUUACGUGAAAAUGUUGAACGAUUGACGUUAGUUAAGUUUUUACGUUAAACGUAUUAUGUAUGUAUAUGAAAUGACAUGUAUCCCAGUUUCGCGAAAGUAUUGUAUACAAUAAAUUAUAAAUGCAACGAA